AUGGUGCCCGUAAGAGCGGAGCGGCUGGGAGUGGAGGGCGUUCGUUUGCCGGGACGGCACGUGGGGCGCACUGGCGGCGUGAGCGACGACCUGCGGGUCCGGGUGGGGCGGCGGAGCGCGGGCGGGGCCGGGGGUCAGGGCCACGCGUAUGCGUCCGGCUGCGCGACCGCUGGCCGUGCGCUUCCACAGCCCGCGCGGCCGCUGGUUGCACCUGCGCGCCAGCACCCAGCAGGCCGUCGCCGGCGAGGCCAGGUGCUGUUCUGGGGCGAGCAGCGCGCGGCGGGCGCGCGCCGAUCCGUGACGACGUUCGCGGUGCCCGUGGCGCUCGCCAUGACGCCCGCGCUGCGCGUGGUGGCGCUGCACGUGGCCGCCGACGGGGAGCUGCUCACCUCCGCCGCCGAGAUGAACGUGCGCAUGAACCAGGGCAAGGACCCGACGAUGCGCACGGCGGAAGCGGUGACGCGCGCGCGCGCGGGGGCCUUCAUGGGGCUGCACGCGGAGCGCGGCGUGUCCUUCCGCACGCAGGCCGGCAACGCCAUCAGCAAGGCGCGCGCCCUCCUGGCCUUCCACCGCCUCGACAACAACGGCUCCAGGCUGGAGAACAGCGUGUGGUGGCGGUCGCGGGACGGCCUGCUUCCCGACCGCCUCGAGUUCUUCGCGUCUAGCAACCCGGGCGUCGACGCCAACACCACCCUCGAGUUCGCGGGCCUGGGCGUCUUCACGGACGCGCUGGUGCCGCGCUGGCCGCAGGCCGUGGGCGCGUGCGAGGCGCUGAGCGGCCGAGGCGACGGCGCCCGAGGCGACGGCGCCCGAGGCGACGGCGGCCGUGGCGACGGCGGCCGAGGCGACGGCCGAGGCGAGGGCCGAGGCGAGGGCGUCCUGCAACGCCAGGGCGAGGGCGAGGACGAGGGUGAGGGCGGUGCGCGCUACGUGGCCUGCCUCACCGGCGGCUGCAUCCUCGCGGAGAAGCGCUGCGACGGCCGAGCCGACUGCGCGGAUGGCUCCGACGAGAACGAGUGUCCCCCGCCUCAUGACGAGGAGCGGGAGUACCGGCUGUCGAGGGCUAGCCGCAACGCGGACAUGUACGACCUGCACGGCGGCGACUGGGGCUGGCGCGAGAUGAACGACGAGUACGGCGGCGAGGAGUUCUUUCGCAUGCGCAUGCCGCCCGUCGCGGACGACUGGUUCGUCACCGGCUUCAGCGUCAGCAAGGUCAAGGGCUUCGCCACCAUCGAGCGGCCCGUGCCGUUUUCGACGGAGCGGCCGUUUAUGUUCCACCUGGAAGGCCCCUCCGCGUGCCGGCGCGGGGAACAGGUGGCGCUGCGCGCGGUGCUCAUCAACAACAUGCAGACGGAGGCGCUGGCGCUGCUGGAGGUGCGCGGCGCGCCCACCCACCGCUUCGUGCACGUGGAGGAGGGCGGCAUCGUGUCCAGCUACGGCGCGCGCCUCGAGCCGGGCGACCACCACCACCUCGUCUACCUCCCUCCCAGAUCUCAACAGCAUGUGGAUAUCCCAAUUGCACCAUCGAUUGAACAAGGUGAAGUCAGCAUUGAAGUGUCAGCCACCACUCAAAUUGCAGGAUUCAAACACAUUCACAAUAUGACAGUAUUGGCAGAAGGAGGUCUUAUAACAAAACACACAUCUGUGUUUCUGGAUCUCAAGAAUAGAGCUCUUGUUCUAAGAUACAUGGCAAUCUUUGUAGACCAGUCACCAAUAGUUCCGUACCACGACUGGAGACGCUACAUUUUUGGAAGUACCAGUGGCAGUGUGACAGUGAGCGGUGAUGUUUUAGGCCCAAUUUUUCCUGAAAUCCCUCUUACAGUACAAGGUGUUAUGGGCAUGGAGCUGAAAGGAACCGAAGCAUCAGCCUUUGAACUGGCAAACAAUGUAUGGACAUUGCAUUACCUUCGCCUAACAAAUCAGCUAACACCACGAUUUGCACGACGUGUUCUUGAGGAAGUGAAUGUUCUUUUGGGAGAAGUAAUGAGGCGAUACAAUAUUCAAGGCUGGUUUCAAAACUGGGAUACUUCUGCACCUAGUGUAAAUAAUAGAAAACUGUAUGGGAAUUUGUUAAGAGUUAAUAUGUACCUUUUUAUAUACAGGCUUACAGCAUGGGUAAUACGAACAUUGAAACACGGAGCAUUUCAAGAUUGGGAAGAUCAUUUUUAUGUCCAACCAGAUAUUUUUCAGCAUAGUGUUGAAUGGUUGCUGCAGUUUCAAUCAACAGAAGGUUAUUUCAAUGAAACUGAACACUAUUAUUUACCAAUGGAUCCUAAAAUGAGAAUGGUUUCUGGCAACUCAAGUAGCCCUGUCACUUUAACUGCCCAUGUUCUUAUUAGUCUAUAUGAAGUUUCGCAGCAUGUCCAUGGGGCACUUAAAACAACUGCCUAUUCAGCCACAUUACAAGCAGCCAGUUAUUUGGAACAUAUGUUGUCACAGCUUACAGAUCCAUACGCCAUAGCUAUUACAGCUUAUGCUCUUACAUUGAGUGGAAGUAGCGAACGAGAUAAAGCUAUGAGAUUGUUGCAGAGACAUGGUAGAAAACUUGAUGGUCUUCUUUAUUGGUCUCGUGUGCCUAUACCACCUAAUGAGAUACGUUAUGAAAACCAGAGGCCUUUCAUACGUCCCCGAGAACAUCAGGAAGGUGAUUCUUUGGCAGUAGAAACAACAGCAUAUGCAUUGCUAGCUUUGUUGGCAUGGGAUGGUGCAACAAUAGAAGGUGAAUUGGUGGUUCAGUGGCUCAAUGGAGUACGUAUGAGCAAUAAUGGUUUCAUAUCAAGUAUGGAUUCAGCCAUUGGUCUCCAAGCUCUCACUGAAUAUGCUUUUCGUGCGAGACUGUUGGCUGUUACUGAGAUGUCAGUGACAGUUGAUAUGCCAAGCUCUGAGUUAAGUACAUCUCUUCAUGUUGGAAACAUGAGCUUAGGCAGUGAACAAACAUUGGAGGUUCCAAAUGUUUGGGGACAUGUGAACGUCAUAGCACGUGGUAGCGGACAAGCACUUGCCCAGAUGGAUGUCAGUUUCGGUAUAGAUUUUGAAUCUCUGGUUGAAACACCCAUUGUGCGUUGUUUUGAAUUAAAAUUUCGUGAAUUUUAUUCAACUUUCAGAAAUAAAUCUUCUAUCACAAUUGAGAGCUGUAUGAGAUGGAUUUUGAACGAUCCUCCUGUAAGUGGAGCAGCUGUUUUGGAGCUAGAAAUUCCAACUGGUUACCACCUCUUGGAAUCGGAAGCCAUUCAGAUUGCUGCCUCCCGAACACAUCCAACUUUACGAGAUGGUAGAACUUUGGAAGGAAAAACAGCAUGGUAUUUUGACUAUAUACCUCAAGAAUGGACUUGUUUCAAUCACACUAUUCGUCGAUGGUUUCCUGUAGCAAAUAUGACUUUAUAUCGACAAGCAAUGUUAUAUGAAGAAUAUGCCAGAGAGCAUUUCGUUCAUGUACUUGUGAAUUCUACUCCUUUGUACCUGUUGAAUAUUUGUGAAGUGUGUGGUUCUUACCAGUGCCCAUAUUGUCCACACUACAGUGGUGCAAUGCAGUUUGUCGCAAACAUUGUUGUUUUGUUUACUGCCAGUAUACUGGUCACAUUGUUUAGUCAUUGGAGAACAUUAAAUUAGAGAUAAAAAACUGUGAAAAGGUGAAGAUAAGAUUUGCAAUUUGCAUGACAGUGAGGCAAACACAUUUUUUAGUUCACACUGAAAGUGGAACAGAAUUGAUACUUUACAUAUAACAUUCUUGAUAAUGAAAUGGGAGAGAUUUCUUGCACUGAAUUCAAAGCUGCCUCUGCAUUUUGUAAUAAAAGAUUAAGCAUCCUGUGACAUUUUUAUCAGUAUUAAUUUAUGAGAUCAUUAUUACUUUUAUACAUUGCGCAAAUAAUCAGUGAAAUGAAUGCUGUGUAGUCAUGUUUAUAUUGGAACAGUGUGCUUGCAAAUGAGUGUACAAUAUGCUGUGAAUAAUGUAAAUAUAAUUACAAAUUUUCAUAAA